AUGCAAAUGAGACACAUGAAUAAAAGAGGAGUGUGUCUGAAUUACAAAUAAUUAAUUUAUUAAUUGCUUUUCAAUUACAAUUACUUUAAUCUAGACACACCCCCUAACACAAACCACUUGCCAAAUCCCAUAUAUAUUAAUCUUAAGUUAUAGAAAAAGGGAACCUUCAUCGAAAUUGUCUAUCCAACAAAAUCAUCAGAUGAAGAAACUAUCGUUAAGAAACGCAUAGUCAACAAUUUUAAUGUCAACCCAACCUUUUGGAUCGCUUCAGAAUAGGUUGUUCCACCUACUUUGGAUUUUGAGAGUCUUUUUAAGUCCCCUUUUCCAGAAUAAGCUGUCAGACACAACGAAACCUUCGAAAAGCUCGAAGUGGUCACCAAUACCAACUAAAAGAUAUUAAUCGAUGUUCCAUCCAGACCUGCUGCUUACACUUUGGAAAAAUUAAAUUUGAAAGGGAAACCAACCCUAGAGUAGUUGUUUUAAUCCAUACCAAACUGCAUGGAUUACAAGGAAAGAGACAAACACUUCAAAUAAGGAGGCUACAAACUCAAUUAUCAAUCUGGUUACGCUCCAGUGGAGAUCUAAAACAGACAUAAGGACCCAGAAGAUUACACCAAGAAAUAACACUUCAUUAGACAAAAACAAUCACAAGCCAAUUUGAAUUUGAAAAGAACAUGUGGAGUUUCAUAUGUUAAGAAGAGUGAAAGUGAACAGAAGGAUGUUAGUCACAUUUUUAAAAAACUUCCUCCACUGGUUUAUUAAUGUUCAUCAGGCUGUUAACCAAUAGCUGGAUAUGAUGAAGCCUUUGAUAACCUAUUUUAGAAUCUUUUAAACGGAAAGAACCUGAUUGUGUUUACACUUUUCAAUUCCUCGGAUGAAAGUGCCUUGAGAGAAUACCUACUAUUUCCACACCUUAGAAAUAAGAUUUCAAGAGAAAGAGUCAUGAUGGCUAGAAAAUUCUUGAAUUUAUGGAUGCUAUUUUAAGAUGCCUUAUGUUUAGUGAUUCAUUAUAACUAUGACGAAAACUAAUUGUUAAGACCAAUUUAAUUGAAUGAAUAGGAAGAUAUCAAGUAAUAAUUAGUGGACUUUAUUUGUGAAUCAGAGAUUUCAAUCUGUUUACUUUUCAAAAAAAGUGUAUCUGGCAGAAAGGCAUUUUUGAAAAGUGUUGGAUUGUGGAAUGAAGGAAACGACAACUCUUCUGUCUGUACAGAAACACAAAGGGAGGACAUCUAAACUAAAUUUGUUAUAUCAGUUCCAAAAGUGCCAAUCAAUAGCAAUUCAACUCCCUAAAGUCUAUUCUAAGAAUUUACUAAUAUUAUCUAACAAUAAGAAAAUUAUGUUUUAGAGGCCCGUUCUUAAACCCAAGGUCCAUAAACUGAAUAGCAAAAUUCAAAUAAUGAGAAACAAACAAAAAAGAAGAAGAGGGCAAAGAUCUUAUCAUCAACAGAUGUAAGAAAAGAUGGUGGAGCCAGUGAUUAAUUGAUAAAUUAUCUCAUAAAAGAAGAUGGAAAUCAUAAUAUUAACACAUGCAGUAUAAGGAUGGAGAUGUAUGUGGCAGAGGAGAAAUGGAAAUCAGCCAAUGAUCACAAUAAAGAUUUACUCAAUGCUUUCAUAAAGAGAGUUGAACAUCAUGUUACAAGUUCAUACUUGAUUAAAAUGAUGAAUAAGAGAUUUAAAGCUAAUGAAAAGGGCUAAGAUUAUAUUAUAAGAAGAAGCAAUAAAAUCUAUGAAAUUCCAACUGAUAAUGUUUAGAUAAAGUAGAACAAAAAGUCAAUUAAUUGGACAUCAAAAUUCACCCCAGAAAACUUUACAAAUCUAUAAACAUAUAAAUUAAGCAAGAAAUACUAGCCCAUAUCUCUAGACAUCCUUAAAAUGAAGGAAUUAAGUUUUCUUAAAUAACCAUUAUAUUGUAUAACAACUAGAGAUAGUUUUGCAUUUGACUUAAUUACUAAAGUAACCAAGGUUAAAUUAGGAGAUAGAUUGGUAGAUAGAUUGGAUUUCUUUUUUGAGCCCAACAAUUGUCCAUGCAAUUUCAAAUCAUUUUUACCAAUGUUCCCAGAAUAUUAAGUUGGAGCACAUGCAUAUGUAGGCUAUUUUACAAAUGAAGAAUUAUUGUAGAUGGAGAAAGACAUUUAUGAAAUGGAAUUAAAAGGAUUUGAUGGUCACUAUUUGCCUAUGACUGCAUAAAUUUCACACGCUUAAUCAAAUCACCAUUCAAGUGUACGUAGAACCAAAUUCUUCUUUGGUUACAGAUAUAUGUGGACUAAAUGUUAAUUAGCAGAACCUCAUUCAAUGGUUGCUGCUGGUGUUAGAAGGGAUGUAUCAGCACCUCCAUUGUGGAUGAGAAAUCUCAUUACUAAACUUGAAAAUGAUAAUGUGGUACCUAAAAAGUUCAUUAAUUCUAUUGCCUGUAAUGUGUAUCACGAUGGAAAAGAAGGGUUAGCAUAACAUUUUGAUGAUGCUGUUAGAUUCAAACAACCAAUCUAUACUAUUAGAGUAUUUUCAGAUUGCAGAUUGUCUUUUGGAAGUUAAUUCUAUGGAUUUUGCAAUGGAGCAUUUGCUGUUCCUCUACCAAGAGGAUGUAUCCUAUGUAUGGAGGAAGGAUCCUAUGCUGCCAAUGCCAUUAAACAUUGUGUAAGACCAUGCGAUAUGACUGGAAAAAGUGCAGCCUUAAUAUUACGAUAAAUGCAUGAUCAAGUUACUUAGGAAGCCGUAAAGUAUGAUGAAUAAGUGGAUUUGCCAUGUCACAUGUCUACUUUGUCAGUUGAAGAUAAUGCAGUUCCUUUUGGAGAGCAGAAGAGAUUGGAAGCUGAAUUACUAAGUUGAUUAUGAAUAAUACAUUACAAUAUUAUUAAAAAUAUACUUUUU